UUGGGUGUUCAGUGCUGUUGGGGGUCCAGUUCUCUUAUGCUGCCUAGCAUCUGUGGGGUUUCAAUUUAAACAGGUGAUUUCAAGAUGGAAAACCUAUAAUAAACCUUUCUGAGUUUACCUGCAGCUCCUACAAUGAGAGAGGGCUCCUUUUACUCCAACCUCAUCCACACUGGCUUUCGAAGGUGGGUGUCGACAUCCAUAGGCAACAUCUGGGAUUGCUAAGGACAGCUUCCCCAGUCUGUUUAGGAAUGCAGAGUCGAAGCAGGAGGAUGCUUUCUAAUGCCUCAGGUGUGCAUUGCUGUCAAGUUGGAGCUGGUGUGUGUAGAUCAGACACCUCAGGUAAAAUCACCAAUGUGUAGUGUCCAAAUCCAGGUGGGACUCCACACUCUGAGAGCAGUCCUGGCCUGCUUGGACGUCAGUGUGGUCAGUAAAUCACAUGCCUGUCUUGCAUACCUGCAAAUAGGCUGAACACCACCUAGAAGAACCAUGCUUGCUCCACCAGGAUGGUAGGAAAGGGGCAUCUGCUGGAAUGGGUGCACCACAGUUCAAUCUCCUAGCAAAUCUGAGCUCAGUUUCUCCUUGCUUUGCAGCCACCUUUAAUGUGAGCAAUCACCAGUGGAAAAGCCAGCCAUGCACCCAGGAGGAAGUGGCUUACUUGGUGAGACUGCUAUCCACAUCACACUUUGGAGGGGGUUUAAAUGGCUGCUUUGGAGGAGGCUGCUCAUGGCCCUGCCUCUGCUCCAGGAGCCUGUUGAGGAGCCAGCUGACAUCUCCUCUGGCCUUCCCUCUCUUGUGGAGCUAUUUGCCAUGCAUUUUACUGAUUUCUUUUCUGCAGGAUUUCUGGGAAAUAUCCUGCACACAGGGGUCCAGGGACAACCAGCAGAAGCGCAUCUGCAGCUUCCCAGACUUAACAGGUUUUAUUUUUCCUCUUUAUGCAUCAUUCUAGCUAUCUCAAGUCCCUUUAAAACAGGAAAGAGCACUGUGUGUAUCCUGCUUCAUCCUUUCUGCAAAAAGCAGCCCUGAGAUCAGACUGCUACCUUUUUCUGGCAUGGUUCCUGUAAGCUGAGCAAGCCCCAAGUCCUAUUGCUCUCCAUUGUGCCUGACCCAGCCAGUGGUUCUGUCUCCAGGGCUCACAACUGAUGAAUGCGCCCUUCUCUUUCUAAAGUGAGACCUUCUCUUAUGUUUCAAAACAGAGCAAGCCAAGAUUUAUCCUCUGCUUUAUGCUGUGGCCCACUAACUAAAGCACACCUGUGGAAAUCUCUCUCUGCUCAGUAUCCCAUCUCCUGAUGCAGACUCAAGGGGAAGGGCUCAGCAUCAGUAGUCAGCUCCCAUCUACCUCCUCCACUUGGGGUCACCUUACCUUCCUCUUCAGAACGUCAGCAGGACAAGUGGUGGUGUCUGCUCUCCCAGCUGCACCUCUGACCCAGGAUUCCCAUUUCUUGGCUAGUGAAAUGACACAGUUGGCAUGUAGCAAAGAACGACUUCCCUUUCCUUCAUCAGGCAAUGCAGGGGGUGUCAGGAUUUAUCCCCUGCCUCUGUGUAUUCAGCCAGCUGUGUGCAGCCAUCCCCUGCCCAGCUUCGCCGCCCGCCUGGCUGCCCUAUCGGCGCGCCGUGAGCGCCGCCUUGCGGCACGGCCCGGACUUGUCAGCCGCAGCCGCCCUGAGCAGUGUCCGUCAGCUCAGGACGCUGCAGGCUACCUUUCAGCGAGAGAAAUGGGAUAAAAUCAGGCCCGCCAAGUGUGUCUGGUGUCAGUGGCUGCGUGCAGCAUGCGUUCCCAGCUUUGCCCUGACAGAUGUUGAGGAUUCUACCUCAACAGCUCUCCAGUUAGCAUCACAUGAGCUGAUAAAGGAGUAAAAGGGGGAAGGAGUCUUUUGACUAGACAGGUGAGCAGCACAGCUAAAACUUGCACACCGUUUGCUUCAGCCAAGAGUGUAAGCUCCCCUCUGCCAUGCAGGCCAUUGCAGAGAAGAAACUAACCCGGGCUGGCAGGAGAGAGAAUGGGCAGCUGGGGCCUCACCCAGCUCCUUCUCUGCCCCUUCCCCACCCACAGGCCAGCCGAGGGAGUGGAGGGAGCCCGAGUGACCCAGCUGCCUUCCAUCAAGCUGCUGCUGAAGCAGCUGAGUGGCCACCACACCGUCAGUGUCCCUCCUGAUCCAGCUCUGGCCCCAGAGGCUGCUCCGGCCAGCAGCAGCUGCUGCAUCACUUCUCACCUUCUGCUCUUUCUCCUUGCCCAGCCCAGGAAGCCUGGGGCAGGGUGGCCCUUCCCUGCUCCUCUGUCCCCUGUGCUGGGUGGCAGGGGGACAGAGCUGGGAAGCUGUGCUACACCUCCCCUGGCACUUCUCCUCCGCGGCUGAUUGCUCUUCUCUCCCUGGCAGCUGCUGGGCCCCGCAGCACCAGGAGGGGCUUGCCGUGGCCCUGUGGCUAGCGAGGGACGUCAGUGUCUGCAGAGGCUCCCAGGUCCUUGGCCUCUGCCAGCAGCGCAGCUCUCUUUGGACAGCAGCUGACAGCUCUCUGCAGCCAGGAGGGCACCUGCCCAAGCCCAUCCAGGACCUGCUGGCUCUGCUGAACCAGGUGGGGCCACCCACAGAGGGGAUCUUCCAUCUGGCGGCCAGUGAGAGCACAUCCAGGCAGCUGCGGGAGGCCCUGGACAGCGGCAGGAGGUGCCUCUGGAGAGCCAGCCCCACAUCUGCUGGCCGCCCUCUCGAAGAUGAAGCCUGCUGCCCUGGAGCCCAGCAGCUGCCAGCUGCGAGGGUGGCAAAGCAGCCACCUGCUGAGGAGUGAGUGCCGAGGAUGCCGCCCGUACCCCCGGCAGCAGUGCCUGGAGCCUCACGCCCAGCCCUUGGCAUCACUGCAGGACUGCUGCGCAAGAUCUCCUCCAAGCUCCUCAGCCUGGACCUCUACCAGCAGUGGGGUGGCCAGCGAGUUGCCACAGCCAAGCCUCCUGCUGCUCAAGAGCUUGCUGGCCUCCUCCUCAGCCCGCCAGAGGGCCCUUGCAUGGUCAGAGGGCUGGAGAGCCUCUCUUACCAGGACUAGCUGCCAAGAGCUUGGGCUGCUCAGCCUGGAGCAGGAGCCAGAAGGCCUCAGAGCUGCAUUUAACUCGCCCGCGCGCCCGGCCCCGCCCCGCCCCGCCGCGUCACCCUCGCGCGCCCACCUACGCCACGCCCCCGCCGCUGCCCUGCGCCCCUCAGGGCUCCUCCGAGCGACAGAGCCCCAAGGGGCAGGGAAAGACUUGGGCGAGCCAGCCCCGAACACUUUCUUUGUUGAAGCUCAAAGUUGGUAUUGUAAGGAUGGCUGAAAAACAGAAGAAUCAUCAUCAGAGUCUGGUAAGGAGUCCACCCCACCUCUGCCUCACGCUCCUAUAGUGCACCCAAAGGCUGGAGCAGCAGCAAACAAGGAGAGAAGAAGAAAGGCAGAGAAAAAGAGGACAAAUCAGAAUGAUUACACAGUCAAAGUAUAAUUGGGACCUUCCACAACAAACACCAACUGCCAAAAACCUACAAACAAUGUCAGAGACUGGCAAUGAGUCCAUCCCUGUCUCAUAUAUUGAAAAGGUGGCUGGAGAAACAUCUGGGAAAAGAGAAACAGCAUCAGAGACUGGCACUGAGUGUAUCCCAGCACCUCUGCCUCAUCCACCCACACACGACCCUCCAAGUGGAGGAGCACAAGAGGACAAGAUGGCAGAGAAAAAGAGCACCAGUGAAAGUGAUGAUAUCAUAGCAAGUAAUUCGUGGUAUUUAGAAGAACUACCUGAGAGAAAAGAAAACACAACAUUAGAGGCUGACUAUGAGGCCAUCCCAACACCUCUGUUGCAUACUGCCAUACUCCACUCUGCAAGUGGAGGAGCAGAAAACGAGGAGAUGGCAGAGAAGAAGAGCACCAGUGAAAGUGGUGCCCUGCAGGCUUGAAGAAAGGGGAAGCAAAGGGCCCUUCCAGCAGGAGGGGUGACCUGUGCAGAUGUCUAUGCCAGAAUCAGGCUGGUGACUGGCUGUGUGCUUUGCACCUACGAAGUGGUAACUUGACUCUUUGUCUAGGAAAGGUAUAA